UCCUUCACCUCACUAUAUACUAUCCAAAUACAAUGGGUUCUAUUCCUCAUGUAGUAGAAGAUUGCUUAGGUAUUCUUCAAGUUUACAGUGACGGAUCCAUUUUUCGAUUAAGCGAUGACCAAAUCGACUUCCAUAACUUUCCCAUCAAAGACGAUGGUUCAGUCAUAUGGAAAGACAUCAUUUAUAACAAUCAAAACAAAGAUGGAAAAGACAGUCUAUAUCUCCGUCUUUACAAGCCGAAAUGUAUGGCAAAAAAACAGUUACCAAUCAUUUACUUCUUUCACGGUGGAGGUUUCUGUGUAGGUUCACGUGUUUGGCCUAAUUGUCAUAGUUGUUGCAUACGUCUAUCAUCUGAGCUCGAAGCACUUGUUAUUGCUCCUGACUAUAGUCUAGCCCCUGAAUAUCGCCUUCCUGCAGCCAUGGAUGAUGCAUUUACAUCCAUCAAAUGGCUACAGGAUCUGGCGCUGUCAAAUAAAAUUACUUAUGAUGAUUCAUGGAUAAAUCAUGAUUAUGAUAGGGUUUAUGUGAUUGGUGACUCGUCUGGUGGUAACAUCGCGCAUCAUUUGGCGUUGAGGCUUGGGGUUGGUUCACCUGAACUUUCACCGGUUAGAGUACGUGGUUAUGUUCUAAUGGCACCAUUUUUUGGAGGAAGUGUAAGGACUAAGUCUGAAGAAGAAGGACCUGAUGAACCUUUUUUGAAUAUGCAAAUUCUUGACAGAUUUUGGAGGUUAUCACUUCCAAUUGGAGCAACUCCAGAUCACCCAUUGGCUAACCCAUUUGGUCCAUUAAGUCCAAAACUCCAGCCCAAGAAGAUCGAUCCAUUAUUGGUAAUUGUGGGAGGAAAUGAACUUCUCAAAGAUAGAGUUGAAUAUUAUGCAAGCAAGAUGAAAGAGCUAAACGAGGAUGUUCACUAUUUUGAGUUUGAAGAAAUGCAACAUGGAUUUUUCACAAAUGACCCUUUCUCACAAGUUGCAGAUUUGGUUUUGCAAGAGAUCAAGUGCUUCAUGUGUAAGACCUCUUCUUAAGACUAUAAGAACAUAUAUAGGUGAGCCAGUUACUAAUGUUUGAUGUUGCUCCCAAAUACACAAAUAAGGAGUUAUGAUUAAUUGUUCACUAAAUUGAACUAGAACUUGUUAUCUAAUAUGUUAUUAUGAACAUUAGAAAUAUCGAUAGGAAGGAUUGAGAUUGUAUUAAAGACAAUAUAUUGUUAUGAAUUCAAAUAUAGUUGAUAUGCAUGUU